AAAGACUCUACACCUCAAAGGCCUACGCCUUCCUUAUCCAACUAUUUUUUUUUUGAAGUACAUUAAUUUAUACAAUCCAUUCAGGUACAAAAUUAAAGAAAAUCAGAUCGGAAAUGGGUUCAACAGGUGAAACUCAGAUGACUCCAGCUCAGGUAUCCGAUGAGGAAGCAAAUCUCUUUGCUAUGCAAUUAGCGAGUGCUUCAACACUACCUAUGGUUCUAAAAUCAGCCAUUGAACUCGAUUUACUUGAAAUCAUCGCUAAAGCAGGUCCUGGUGCGUUCUUGUCUCCACAUGACAUCGCUUCUCAGCUCCCUACCAAGAACCCAGAUGCACCGCUCGUUUUGGACCGUAUAUUGCGCCUGCUGGCCAGCUACUCUAUUCUUACUUGUUCUUUAAGAACGCUUCCUGAUGAGAAAUUUGAGAGGCUUUACGGUCUAGCUCCUGUUUGCAAAUUCUUGACCAAGAAUGAAGAUGGUGUCUCUUUUGCCUCUAUUUGUGUCAUGAUCCAAGACAAAGUACUCAUGGAAAGCUGGUUUUGAGACUGGUCCAUAGAGAGUCCGCGUACAACUGGCUUGCAGUUC